AUAGUUAAGGGAUGUAAACAUUGGUGUGUUUUAGUUGCGAUAAAAAGCAAUUUUAACAAUGACUUGAUGGUCCAGGGAACAAUAAGGCGAUAGUUGAGAUUUACCAAAGGGUACAUGAACGUCACUGGAUACUAUUAGAGAACGGGAGACAUUGUUCCCGACUGUUGGGUCGACUAGAAACGAACUGUGAAUAGAAAAUGGCGAACCGGGUUCAGCUAGCAGACGAUAAUCGGUUGGCAAGUUUUCCCGACCCGUCAGAACGCUCACUUCUACUACAGGAGGAAAGUAAAGAAUUCUUCCCAUGUUUGUCUACCCGUUUUUUCCUGGCCUUUAUGGCGUUUCUUGGUUUUGUAAAUGUUUAUUGUUUACGAGUCAAUCUGAGCGUUGCUAUAGUUAAAAUGGUAAACACUACUGAUUCAGCAGAUAAUGACACAGUUACUAACGAAUGUCCUGGUGAUGUCGAUAACAGUACAACGCCAUCCAGCCAGGGAGAAUUUUACUGGGACGAAACAACUCAAGGGGUUAUCUUGGGGUCAUUCUUUUACGGCUACAUCACAACCCAAAUACCAGGUGGCUGGUUGGCCGGGAAAAUCGGUGGUCGCCGGCUGUUUGGUUAUGGUGUAUUGUGUACAUCUGCUCUGACACUGUUAACGCCCGUUGUGGCCAGAUGGAGUUUACCAGGACUGAUUGUGUUGAGAAUUGUAGAAGGGAUAGGAGAGGGUGUGACGUUUCCAUCGAUGCACGCCAUGUUUGGGGUGUGGUCACCAAUAUUAGAGAGAAGUAAACUCACUUCAUUAGCUUAUUCUGGAGCCCAGAUGGGAACCGUUAUCUCCCUUCCUAUAUCCGGAUAUCUCUGUGAUUCUGAUCUAGCUGGUGGAUGGCCGUCUGUAUUCUAUAUCUUUGGUGCUCUAGGGAUUGUAUGGGUGAUAGCAUGGUUGUUAUUAAUACAUGAUACACCAGGUCAACAUCCACGUAUCUCUAAAGCAGAAAGAACCCACAUAGAAGAGUCUAUUGGUAAAAAAGAGGAUCUGAAGACACCGUGGAAGAGUAUAUUAACAUGUGGUCCCCUAUGGGGGAUAGCUGCUGCCCAUUUCGCCGCUAACUGGGGGAUGUAUUCUAUGUUGACAUGUUUACCAACGUACAUGAAACAAAUUCUAAAAUUUAACAUAAAAAAGAACAGUUUAUUAUCAGCUGUGCCGUAUUUAGCUUUAUGGAUUUUACAAGUUGUUUCGGGAUAUUUAGCUGAUUUAAUACGUAAAAAUAAUUAUAUGAAUACUUUAAAUACACGUAGAGUUCUCAAUACAUCAGGUUUAUUAAUACCCGCAGUAUUUAUGGUAGCAGUAGCUUACAGUGGAUGUAAUCAUACCCUGGCUGUUGUAUUACUAACAUUUGCUGUAGGGACUGGUGGCUUGUCCAUGGGUGGCUACCAAGUUAACCAUCUAGAUAUAGCACCCAGAUUUGCAGGAACAUUGUUUGGUAUAACUAACGCCAUUGCUACGAUUCCUGGUUUUCUAGCACCGUUAGUUGUUGGUAUUUUAACAAACCAUCAGGAAACAAGUGAACAAUGGAGGAAGUUUUUCUACACAACAUCAGCUAUAUAUGUAGUAGGUGCUGUCAUAUAUCUGGUAUUAGCUAAAGGGGAGGAGUUGGAUUGGGCAAAGUCACCAGAUAAGACAAUAAUUGUUGAACCAGCUACAGAUGCAAACAAUAUACAGUCCCAAGAUUCACCACAUGAUUCAGACAAAAUUCUAAUAUAAACGUAACAUGUAGAGGGAUGUAUGGCUGGUGUGUGGGUGUGCGUGUGUUUGGGGGUGGGUUGCCUCUGCGUGGCUGGUGUUUGUGUGUCCUUUUGAGGCUCCUGUCCAACCAGUAACGAUUAUUUGUAUCAUUUGUAUCUAAUUUUUUUUGUUAAAAAUUGUUUUAUAAUGUGUACAUCUGUAUAUAUUUGUAUCUCUGGUAUCUCAGGAAUAGAUGCAUAAAUAAACGUCAAAUAUAAAAUUGAAUUAAGAUUAAUAAAAAUGUUUUUAUAUCUGGA